GCGUUGCCCUGUCGCUUCCCCUCAAACGCGGAAGUGAGCGGGGCCUCGGCAGGGCCUGGAAGGAGGGGCCGCCGCCGGGCUGGGAGUGAUCGGCCAACCGAGCCGCCAAAGUAACGCGAUGGAGAGCGGGCCUUUGCCCCACUCGUUCCUCUCCCUCGAUAAUGGGCAUUGAGCAACAAGCUGGGGCGGUAUGCUGAAGUCAGGUUGGGGGCAGAAUGAGUUUAAAAGAUGCUGGCAGUGCAGUUUGCCAGGAGAAGGCGGCCUAUAAUCUUCAUAUUUACCCCCAGCUCUCGACAGAAAGCACCACUUGCUGCACAGUCACUGCAACUAAGGACAGCACCACUUCAGAUGUAAUCAAGGAUGUGAUACAUAUUUUGAACUUGGAUGUCUCAAAGCAUUAUGUGCUUGUGGAGGUGAAAGAAUCGGGAGGUGAAGAAUGGGUACUUGAUUUGAAUGACUCUCCUGUUCAUAGGGUUUUGCUUUGGCCCCGCCGUGCUCAGGAUGAGCAUCCACAAAACGAUGGGUACUACUUUCUUUUGCAAGAGAGGGACACUGAUGGGACCAUCAAAUAUGUCCAUAUGCAAUUGGUGUCCAAGGAGAAGGAUGCUCGACGAUUGGUUGAAAGGGGUUUUCUUCCAUGGCAUCAGGAAAACUUUGAUGAUUUAUGCAAUCUCUCCAAUUUAACAGAAACAACACUCCUAGAGAAUCUCAAACGCCGCUUUCUAAAACACAAGAUUUAUACGUAUGCAGGAAGCAUUCUGAUUGCCAUCAAUCCCUUCAAAUUCUUGCCCAUUUAUAAUCCCAAAUAUGUCAAGAUGUACGAAAAUCACCAACUUGGGAAGUUGGAGCCCCAUAUUUUUGCCAUAGCUGAUGUGGCUUAUCACACAAUGCUUAAAAAACAUGUCAACCAGUGCAUAGUCAUUUCAGGUGAAAGUGGAUCUGGAAAAACUCAAAGUACGAACUUUUUAAUUCAUUGUUUCACCGCACUGAGUCAGAAGGGGUACGCGAGUGGUGUGGAGAGAACUAUUUUGGGAGCUGGACCAGUACUGGAGGCUUUCGGAAAUGCAAAAACAGCCCAUAACAACAACUCCAGUCGUUUUGGAAAAUUCAUUCAAGUUAACUAUUUGGAGAAUGGUAUUGUCCGAGGGGCUGUUGUUGAAAAAUAUCUGCUCGAAAAAUCUCGCCUGGUCUCUCAGGAAAAGGAUGAAAGGAACUACCAUGUGUUUUAUUAUUUGUUACUUGGAGUCAGUGAGGAAGAACGUAAAGAAUUUCACCUCAAGCAGCCUGAAGAUUAUUUCUACCUCAAUCAGCAUAACUUGAAAAUAGAAGACGGGGAAGAUCUGCGCCAUGAUUUUGAAAGAUUAAAACAAGCCAUGGAGAUGGUUGGCUUUCUUCCAGCAACUAAAAAACAGAUCUUUUCAGUACUCUCAGCUAUUCUUUACUUGGGCAAUGUUACCUACAAGAAGAGAGCCACAGGUCGGGAUGAAGGGUUGGAAGUGGGACCCCCAGAAGUACUGGACACCCUCUCUCAGCUUCUGAAGGUCAAACGAGAAAUUUUAGUCGAAGUACUGACAAAAAGAAAAACGGUGACUGCUAAUGACAAACUUAUCCUGCCAUAUAGUCUCAGCGAGGCUAUCACAGCUCGUGAUUCAAUGGCAAAGUCACUGUACAGUGCCCUGUUUGACUGGAUUGUUCUGCGAAUUAAUCAUGCGCUUCUUAAUAAGAAAGAUAUGGAAGAAUCUGUUACAUGCUUGUCCAUUGGUGUGCUCGAUAUAUUUGGAUUUGAAGAUUUUGAAACCAACAGUUUUGAACAGUUCUGCAUAAAUUAUGCAAAUGAGCAGCUUCAGUAUUACUUCAAUCAACACAUUUUCAAAUUAGAACAGGAGGAGUAUCAAAGUGAAGGGAUCGCUUGGCACAAUAUUGACUAUACAGAUAACGUGACCUGCAUUCACUUAAUCAGCAAGAAGCCCACUGGCCUCUUCUAUCUGCUAGAUGAAGAAAGCAACUUUCCACAUGCCACCAACCAGACCCUACUUGCAAAGUUCAAGCAGCAGCAUGAGGAGAACAAAUUCUUUGUUGGGACACCAGUGAAGGAACCUGCUUUUAUCAUCCGGCACUUUGCAGGGAAAGUUAAAUAUCAGAUAAAGGAUUUCCGAGAGAAGAACAUGGAUUACAUGAGACCAGAUAUUGUUGCUUUGCUGCGAAGUAGUGACAGUGCCUACGUUCGGGAGCUGAUAGGAAUGGACCCAGUGGCUGUGUUCCGCUGGGCUAUUCUGCGGGCAGCAAUUCGAGCGAUGGCUGUCUUUGCAGAAGCAGGACGUCAAAGAGCCCAGAAAACUGCAGGUGUGGUGCGUCACGGACCCCGGGUUCCCCUGGGAGAACUCCAGAGAGCAAAUACACCAGUAGAAAAAGUUUAUCGCUGCUCAGUGCUUGAUUUCUCAUUUGAUUGCUCUGAGGAUUUCGAUAUAAAUGCUUUUGAAGACAUCAUUGCUUUUUAUGAAAGCAAGAAAGACUUGCAUGACCAAAUCAUCAAGAGCAUAAAAGGACUUCCCUGGCAGGGUGAAGAUCCCUGUAGGCUGCUUCGGUCACUCAGCCGACUUCAGCAACCUCACAUCCAUUUCCUGAAGAGUAGAGGUACCAAACAAAAGCAGAUCAUUCCCAAGAACUUGCUGGACUCCAAGUCUCUGAAGCUUAUAGUGAGCAUGACUCUGCAUGAUCGAACUACAAAAUCCCUCUUACACCUACACAAAAAGAAGAAACCACCUAGCAUAAGUGCACAGUUUCAGAACUCCCUCAAUAAAUUACUGGAGACCCUGGGGAAAGCUGAGCCAUUUUUCAUCCGCUGCAUCCGCUCCAAUGCUGAGAAGAGGGAGCUAUUCUUUGAUGAGGGAUUAGUGUUGCAGCAGUUGAGAUACACUGGCAUGUUGGAGACUGUGCGAAUCCGAAGAUCUGGUUACAGUGCCAAAUAUACAUUCCAGGAUUUCAUAGACCAGUUUCAAGUGUUACUACCCCAAAAUGCCAAAGCCUCGAAGGAAGAGAUCUCAGCUCAUCUGAAUAAACUGAAACUGGACAAAAACAACUACCAAAUAGGGAAGACCAAGGUGUUCAUGAAGGAGGCUGAACGACAGAUGCUACAGGACACUCUACAUAAAGAAGUGAUCAGGAAGAUUGUUCUCCUUCAGAGCUGGCUCCGGAUGGUUUUGGAAAGGAGACACUUUCUCAGAAUGCGGCAGGCAACCAUUACUCUGCAGACUUGUUGGCGUUCAUACAGUAUUAGGAGGGCAUUGGAGAGGACUAAUGCUGCCAUUUACAUUCAGUCGGUAUGGCGAGGAUACAGGGAGAGAGAAUCCUACCAUCAGCAGAGGAAGAGAAUCUCCCUUGUGCAGGCUCUUGUCAGGGGACACCUACAGCGCAAGAGAUUUCAACAAAUGAUUGUGGAAAAGCAACAGGAAAUGCAACAAGCUCAAGAGGGAGAGGAUAGUGUAAGCCAAGAAGAUGGUAAUGAACUAGCUUUGGAGCAGUUGGCUGUAAAACCUGAAAUGCAGCCGGAUCAAGGUGUUGAACAGAUGACAGCAGGAGUAGAUGAAGCUCAAAAUGAUCGAGAUGAAAAACGGAGCCAAGCUAUUGAAAAGGUCAUUCCUUCUCAGAAGAGCAUAACAGAUGGCCAUGAGAAGCUCACAAGCAGUCGGGAGAAACGGGAAUCUCGCCGGCAAAGGGGUCUGGAACAUAAUAAAUUACAGAAUAAGCACGUCCUGUUCCCCUUAGAGGAGCAGUCUUUAGUAUGUCAGGAAGAAGAAACCUCUGCUGAAGAGACUCCAGAAACCGUCCAAGAGCCAAACAAAUUCACAGCAGAUGAGACAGUCCUUCCAAAAGGUACAGAGGAAGAGAGAAUCCCAGUGGAAGAAAACAAAACCCUUUCAGACACACAGGUCCCAGGUGAAAUACUGGACAGUGAUGUCUCCUUUCCCAAGCGAGCCAAUGAAUCAAAACAGGAAAUACUACAUAAUAAGGAUAUCGAUAAACUGAAAAUUCAAGAGAACCAAAAGAAUCAAGUAAAAGGCAGCCAGAGCUUCACCUGUCCUGAAAGGCCAUCAGAUCUCUCACUGCACAUUAAAAAGAAUCUUGCUCCCACCAGAAGCUUUCAAACUGCAGAUGAGAAUUAUAAAAAUAAACACCGAAUCUCGAAGGUGGACAAAGAUCCGGACAGCCCCCCCUCUUUCCAGAUUCAGAGGUAUCUGCAUGACCCGGGAGAACUGAGGGACAAGCGGGAGAAAUGGAAAGGAAAGAGGCAGUCAGAGGCUGGUCAGAAUGAUGUACUGAGCCAGUCUUUGGAUGAAAGAAACCGAACUGGCCAAUCCCCUCAGACCCUACUAGUCUCUCGAAGAACUUCCUUUCCUACAUCACUGGAUAAAAGGUUGCUCCAAAAUGGCCAAUCUCUGCAGAUCCCCAGCAUUGGCUCCAUGUUCAUGGUAGACAAAAUAAAAAAGGGGACUACUUCUUCGCUGGAUGAUAUCGCUAACCUUGCUCAGUCUGUCACCAUGAUUCAGCCAUCUCUGGAAACAAUGACGCAGGAGAAGAGCAAUAAGAAACAGACUGUGCAAAAGAAGUCCAAUGAACAGUUAUCGCCCUUGGAUUCAGCUGUCUCAGUGCAGCCACCUAGCCAGCCGAUGGAUGCCAAAUCCACAUUUAAAAGUCCUCUGCGUAAGCUUCUGGGAAAGAAACCAGACAAGAAAUACGUUAGGGAGUGUCCUGAUGUAAUGGAGGAAGGAGAGAAUCUCCCUCUUCUAUCGUGUAUUCUGAUAUCAGAACCAGUGGAGUCACAAAUAUCAGAAGCUCCUUCUGGACACCCACAUCGCCCCCAGGCAGGAGAGCGACCUGUGAAAGAAACUAGCAAAGGGAAGAGGUACCGUUCUCUUAAAAUCAAGAAGAUUUUAGCAGUGUCUGAGAAGUGGCCAGCUUCUAUUAUCCGUGAGAUCACAAAUGCCAAUGAGCUGAAAUACCUUGAUGAGUUCCUUCUAAACAAGAUAAAUGACUUGAACUCCCAGAAGUCUGCUACUGAAUGUUUAUUUUUUGAAGCCACAGAAAAGUUUAGAGGAAAUAUCAAAACAAUGUACUCUGUUCCUAACGGGCAAAUCCAUGUCGGCUAUAAAGAUCUGAUGGAAAACUAUCAGCUUCUAGUUAAAAAUCUUGCAAAAGAGAGGGAAGAGAAAGACGUCAAGCUGGUUUUAAAUCUCUUCCAAUCCCUUCUCGAUGAGUUUUCCCGAGGAUAUGCAAAAAGAGAAGAGUCAGAGCAGCAUAAGCAAAGCAAAACCCAGAAGAAGAAACGAAAACAAGAGCGUGCAAUUGAGGAGCACAAUGGCCAUGUGUUCACGAGCUACCAAGUGAGCAUUCGGCAGUCAUGUGAGCAGUGCUCGUCCUACAUCUGGCCUAUGGAGAAGGCCUGUCUUUGCAGUACCUGCAAGUUGAUUUGCCACAAGAAAUGCAUGUCCAAAACUCAGAGCUGCUGCACAUCGCCCUGUGGAAAAAAGAACGACCAAGGUGUAGACUCCCGUCACUUCGGAGUGUGUGUGAGUUCCUUAAUUAGCGAUAAGAAUUCAGUCCCAGUUGUCAUGGAGAAACUACUAGAGUAUGUGGAGAUGCAUGGCCUCUACACAGAAGGAAUCUACAGGAAAUCAGGGUCAGCAAAUCGCAUGAGGGAGCUGAAACAGUUGCUGCAGACAGAUCCAAAUUCAGUGAAACUAGAGAAUUAUCCCAUUCACACCAUCACUGGCAUCCUGAAGCAAUGGCUGCGAGAGUUACCUGACCCACUCAUGACUUUUGCACAGUACAGUGACUUUCUCCGAGCAGUAGAGUUACCAGAAAAGCAGGAGCAACUUGUUGCCAUUUACAGUGUCCUUGAACAACUCCCACAAGCCAAUCACAACACCCUGGAGCGACUCAUCUUUCACCUGGUCAAAGUGGCCCUAAUAGAAGACGUCAACCGUAUGUCACCCAAUGCUCUGGCCAUUGUCUUUGCUCCAUGUCUCCUGCGCUGCCCUGAUAAUUUUGACCCACUAACCAGUAUGAAGGACGUCUCAAAGACAACCAUGUGUGUGGAAAUGCUAAUAAAGGAGCAGAUGAGAAAAUACAAGAUUAAAAUGGAUGAAAUUAGCCAGUUGGAAGCAGCUGAGAGCAUUGCUUUCCGCCGACUCUCAUUGCUCCGGCAGAACACGCUCUGGCCUGUAAAACUUGGGUUUUCUUCUCCUUAUGAGGGGGUGCUGAGUAAAAGCCCCCAAGACAAGGGAAAUGACAACAGCUUCCCUGAGCUGGGAUCACUGCGGGAGGAAGAUGAGGUGUCUGAUGUUGAUAACCGGGAAAAGGAGAUUCUGAUAGAACGCAUACAGUCAAUAAAAGAGGAAAAGGAAGACAUAACUUACCGAUUGCCUGAGCUUGACCAGCAAGGCUCUGAUGAGGAAAAUCUAGACUCUGAGACCUCAGUGAGCACGGAGAGCCUGCCAGAGGACCGAAUAGGGCGGCUGGAUACUGAAGGAACCAUGCUGUCUGAAUUCCAGUGCCAUGGUCAGUGCCCCAGUGUGCCUGCCAAAGACUCUUGUGGAGGACCCAGCAUUUCUCUUCCUCUGGCCUCUACAUUCUCCUCAGUUACAAGGCGCAGACCAUCAUCAAUGUUGGUCAAGAUGAAAGUCCCCUGCCGAAAUCCAGUGAUGCCGACGGCAAAUAUAAAACUUCCGUAUGGGAUUCCCAAACUGACAGAAUCCCAGGGAAGAACAACAGCUGAAGAAUCUCAGCCAGUGGUGAGACGGAGGGACCGGCUAGCAAGGCGAACUGAUAAAAUUCACUCCGUAUACAUUGCACAAGGGUCUGUUGUGGCCCAAACUCAGGAACCUUUGGACGAAUAUGAACCAACAGCAAAAGUGAAGCGGAGGUUUUCAGACCCUUACUCACGCAUUUCAUGCAUAGAUGAAUUAAAUAUUUAAAAUGUUGGAAUUUUUUAAAAAUUGGGACCACAACUUUUAGCUCUGACCCUCCUUUAAGGAUUGUGAACUUGUGCACUUGCCUUAAGAAGUCAUUGGAGUCACAGUCUGGAACUCUCAGCACUCUAAGGGUUAAGCAGGGUUGCUUAAAACAAACAAUAUCCUGCUAUUUGUAAACAAAUUAAAAGAAACUGGUGGGGAAGGGGGAAAGUAGAAUCUAAAUCUGCUUUGGUCAGAGUAAAAUACAGAGACUUGAGUCUGCAGGAAGACUCUAGUGACCUUAGUUUCUCCUGCUGUGCCUUUUUGUAUUUGCUUACGAUGGGCUCUAAUAGGUCCGAAGGUGAAUUAGAGUCCCUAGGUUUUGCCUUACUCCAUUUUUUUUGUAUGUUUUAUGAGAAGUUCUUUUGUGGUUUACAGAAUUGUUAAUGUAAUAGCCUUAACUGAGACCAAAAAUAUAUAAAAAUGUUUAUUAAUA